AUGUAUUUCCCGGAUAAUACAGCAGAUGUGCGUUUGGAUUACGACCCGUUGCCCAUACCGCCACCAGCAACACAACCAACAUUCACUGUGCAAAAUCGAACGAGUGAUGCGCGAGGCAUCGUCUCGAUCAAGCAAAAAAAUAAGGUUUUGCAGAGUGAAGCAGUGCGCUUAUUUUUUGGCAACAAACUAAAGUUGCCAAUCAGUGAGCGUUCGCGCUACAAAGCACGCCGCACUUAUCGGAUGAAAUUCGAAGUGUUCCACUGGCAAGUGCUGCUGGAGACGUUCGGGAGCCAGCUGGCGCAAGGGGAGAGCUUGGCAUCGUUCUGCUCGGCUAGCAUCGUGAACUGCUGCUCAUCGACGCUGCAAACGAGCAGCUUACGGGGCGAACGGUGA